GAAUUUACACAUUCUAUUUUUAAAAUUUACAAGUCAAAAAUCAUAUUGUAAGAUAGAGUUAUAUUUAAAUUUAUAAAUAUUCUUAUGAAGAAAGGAAAACAGGCUGCAAGCUAGUAGCAAAUAUAAAUAUAAAAUGUUCCUUAGCCUCUUUUAUAAAUACUGCCUAAAUAAAUGAAAUUAGAAAAUCCUAAAAAAUCAGCAAAGCCUUUUCCUAACAAUCAAAAUUAAUAAUAAAUUUAAAAUAUUCCUCCAUAAAAUCCAGAGAGUGGCUAAAAAAUGAAAAAGCAAAGCACUCAUUUAAUUUUACCUUCGAUAUAUAGGGGUAAUAAUUUUUAACAGAUGCAAAAAAAAAGAUAAGCAAGUGCAAGCAGAGAAAAUAAUAACUUACCUGCAUUUAUUGGUGAUAAAAAAGAUGAUGAAGAUGAAGAUAUUUUUAGUGAAUCAGAUAAUAAGGCAAUACGGUCUCAAAGAAAAAUUCAAAGACCUCAAAGCUUUAUUGUUAAGAAGAAAGAGAAAAAAGGAGACUCGAUUUCAUCAAAUAUAACUCCUUCUAAUAAAAUGUAAAAAAUGCAAUCAAAUAAGCAAAAUCAGCAAUUCUCUAGCAAUAAUAGUCCUACUUUGAGUGAAAAGACAUUUCUAAAAUAUGAUGAUAUUCUAUAAAAUGUUUAAAGCACUAAAAACAUAGAAAAAAUUAAGUUUAACCCUUGGAAAAGGUUUGAUGAAAAAAAGGAAGAAAACUAUGAAAAGCUGCUAGUUUAACUUAAUGACUUGAAAAAAAAGCAUAAAGAAUAGGUUGAACUCUAUUAAUAAAAAUAAUAAAAUUAAGAUUUUAACAAUCCAAAUUUUUUGGAGAUGCAGUAAAAACAUGAAAAACUACUGUUGGAAAAUAAAAAUGAAAAUUAAUAAACUCCUCAUUCACUUCCAGUAGAAUAAAAAGAAAAUUUAGAAUCAUUCUAGUAAAUUAUUAAAUAAAAUUCACUUGGAUUAGCUCUUGAGAGAUAAGGAGAAAAAUAAAUUGAAAAUUUUAGUAAAGUUUCAAGUUCUUCUUCUUAAAAGGCUGAUUAGUCAUCAAUUGGACUUGUUUCAGCUCCAUUGAUGGCAGAAUAAAGUUAAGAUAUGGAUAGAAAUAUAUGGAAAAGAAAAAAAAUAAAUGAGAGAAAUUAAAUAAUGGAAGAAUGCAGUAGCAUAGAGAGAGAGCUAUACUAAAUAAAUUUUUUGCAUAACAAAAAUCAAAAAGCUAUAAAUGAAUAUAUCAAUACACAAAAUUCUCUAUUAAAACUCAAUCUUCAAAUGAAAAAGUAAGUCAACACUAAUUAACCUACUUAGAUCAAAGAAAAAAACUGA